AUUAUGAGGGAUAGUUCAAUCUUGGACCGUUUUGGCACAGUUCAAAAGCAGUAGAAACAGCAGUUAGUAAAACGAAUCCGAGCAUAAUAACUUAAGCAAAUUACGCGGUCGACAUCGUAUCAGACCCGUGUUACGUUAUCAGCUUUGAGGUAAUUACGCCAUUCUCGAAAGCCAUCUGCAUUGAUCCCCGAAAAAACGAACGGUCCACGCAGUUUUAGCACAACUUACUAUCAGUUAUUAUUGGGUCGGCAUUCGCUGAAGUCAUAAGAACAGGAACUGUAAUUAGAGCGGAUAUCUCAAUAUUCCCAGAAGGUAAGUGACUACAUUAGUGCAAACUGUGCUUGAAUGUUGAGGAGGUCCUACGAUAGCUCAUUCAAAUAUUCCGCAGAAUGCUGAAGUGUAUAAUACGAUUUACUAACGAUAAGGCAUAUCUUACAACAAUACACCAAUUCCAAGGAAAAAUACGUUCCUACGUAUAACGAAGAUGAACGAUGAGGAGAUUUUCAGCGUAUUUAUAAACCGUAGGACCUUGCCGGUGAAAGCGAUAACCAUUAAAACGAUGUUCAACCCAGCCGAGUACUCUGCACACGACGAACUACAGCGUCGAGAGACUAGCGACUUUAUACAGGAGUAUUCCAAUGAAAUUGGUCAGAUGUCAGGAAGAUGCCUUGAUAUCGGAUGCGGACCCUGCGACCUAGUCGUCGAUUCUCUCCUUCCGGUACUGAAUCCAAAGGCUACCGUUGUCUGCUCGGACAUUUCCAAGCCCAUGUUGGACUACGCAAAGGAAAAAUACGGCGCCAACGAUCGGCUAUCCUUUCUCCAGCUGGACAUCGAGUCUCCGACGCUGGCCGAAGAUCUAGUUGAACAAUUCGAUCACGUUACGUCGUUCUAUUGUUUACACUGGUGCAAAGACAUACGCCAAGCCUUCGAGAACAUCUUUGAUCUGCUGCGUCCUGGAGGUUCGGGCUUCUUGACCUUUGUGAGCAGUUAUCCUUGCAUGGACGCGUACAAGGUGCUGGCGGCUAUUCCUCGAUACCAGUGUUACAUGACGGAUGCGGACCGCUUCAUUCCAGUAUUUCAGCACGCUAAACGUCCGCGCGAGUCUCUGAAAAUUCUGCUCGAUAAGGUCGGCUUUGAGGUCUGUCACUGUAGUAGCAGAGAAAAAGUUUACAUCUACGAAACCCCGGAUGCUUUCGCCAAAUUCAUGGCAUGCGUGAACCCCUUCAUACACCGCAUGCCGUCUGAUCUACAGCAGGAGUACAGAAUAGAUCUGGACAAAGAAGCAAGAAAGCACACAUUCAUCGUCAACAAGGAUACGAAUGACGAUUAUAGCAUACUGUCCAGACGCCAUGCCUUUGUAGUUUACUUGAAAAAGCCAUUGGCCCACUGAUAGACAGCCAAAUAA